CAGGCAGGCUACUACCCCUCCCCCCUCCCACCUUUCACAAAUUCAUACCAAAUACCAAUCUCUAGCCUGGCGUUUUAUGAUUGACUCCUAGUUAUUUCACAGUUGUCGAUUUUCCCAUCAAAACUUUGCGACCAACAUGACUGAAAACCUGGCAACCCUGGCCUCCUGCCCUGCCUCGAAAAAUAUAUUGUUUACAUUUGUUCUGUAUUUGUUUGAAACGUGCUCUAGGUACUUUUUUAAUUUAUUUUGAAUGUCAAUACUUGUGAUUCUUGUGGUCAAAACCAUAGUGAAACCUUGUUAUAUUCCGGUAUCUAUAGAAACAGUUCUUCAUUGAGCAGCGAAAAAGAAAGAAGUUUAAUCAACGCACAAGAAUACAAUUGCCUUAACUUCCUCUAGAUUAUUUUUGAAAGUUGAACAUGACCUCGGACUGGUACAACAGACUCCGAAAUGCGAAAAAGUCAUGUAUGGUAGACAGAAAUCUGAAGAAAAUACACUAUGCUUUCGAAAAUGGUCAAGAAAUGGUUGAGGAGUACAAUCUGGAUACAAAUGUGGUAACACGAAGAGCCUGGAAACAUAAGGGGGAACUGGAAUGCCAAGGUGAAUGGGACAUAGAGAUUGGCGAUCCUGAACCUACCUUUGAAAAAAAAGAUGAGGAGAUGAUCAGAGAAAGUUCAAACCAGCCAUUUGUAAGCAGAAGAAUCACAAAAUUGAACUUGGAGUGGCGAAUAAGGAACCUGCCCUAUCCAUUGAACACUUACUCAGUGACAGUAGAUAAUGAAAGUAAUGAUAGUGGAUGCCUAGUUGUCAGAACUACAAAUAAAAAGUAUUACAAAAGACUGCCAGUUUCAGAUUUGAAUAGGCUGAAUAUCACAUUAGAACAAGAAAAUGUCUCAUUUACCCACAAAUUCAAUACCUUGGUGAUCUCAUACAAGAAGCCAAAAAAGCUGCUGGAAUUUGAAACGACAGUUUGGAAAGAGAUCGUUGAUAAUGUGAAACCAAAAGAUAUUGUGCCUCUGUCACCAAACUCUCCCCCAAAUCUAGAUGGAUGUAAAGCUAGUUGAAUUUUUUUAUCUAAACAGUGUUUGGUAUAAUUUGGCCUAAAUCACAUGCUUGUGAUCUGCAAGCACAUGAAGAAAGAGUUGUACUCUGAUCUUUGUGCUCUCUGGAGAGUGCAAAUUUUGUUUUUCUCUUGCAAAAUAAAGAUAACUUGGGACUGACCACUGGCGCCUCAAACUUUAAGCACAACCCAUUAUAAACAAAUGGAAUAAUAUAAGAGACGCAUUCAUUAAAUCUCUUAAUGUAAAAUCAGGGCAAGCCGCAAAAAACCAUAUGUUUUUCAUGAAAACCUAAUCUGAAACUGAAGCCAAUAUUGUUUAAGAAACAGAACAGGAGCAUGAAGUGAUCGCUGCUCAUGAUAAUGAACAUUCUGACAGUUUUACUGUACAUGAACCAAAGAAGGAGUCAUCAAAAAAUAGAAGGAAAAUAGAUCCCAUUGAGGACGCAACAUUAAAAGAAAUAAAACAAAAUAAAUUUGACAACUCUGAAAGAUUAUCGACAGAUGACAGUUUCUUUACGUCUUUUACACCAUUUGUUAAAGAUAUGUCAGAGCCAGAGAAAAUACAGCUACAAAUGAACAUUAUCCAGUAUACAUAUACAAAAAAAAUUAAAGAAAAACAUGGCCAUUCGAUUCAUAGCAAUUCAAUAAACUCUCCCUCCCCUAUAUUACUGACCUCUCCUUCACCUACAACUCCGUUGGUGAUCUUUUCGUCAUUGUCUGUCAGAGCGGUCCGUAGGACCUUUGCUCUUGGUUAAAGUCUUGUAAGUCAGUAUGUCUGUCAGGUCUGGUUGCUCAGAUACCAAUGAAAGUCAGGGAGAAAGAAGGGAAGAAGGAAGGAAGGAGGGAGAGCAAAGAAAAAAGAAGUGCGUCAAUUUGAGGGGUGCCUUGGCAUAGCUAAAAUUAGUAUUCGGCAAUUUUAAAUUGAUCCUAAAAUUAAUUUUGAGAUUGGUUGUUGAAGAAAAAUUAUAAUUUUGGUUGGACUUAAAGUUGCACGAUUUAAUUUUGUUCACAGUGCGAGUCGCGGCCUAGUGUGUUUGCGAACUUGCUCGACUGUGUAGUCUACUGACUCGCGCAACAAAGGGUUGCUAUGUGAUUCCGCUUGACUAUAGCGUACCUGCGCUUGUUUUUUGAUUUAGUCCUUUAGGUAAGGGAUGUCAAGGUCUCUGUGAAGGGUCUGGUUGAAAACAUACCAUGGGGCGUUAGUGAUUGUACGCAAGGUUCUGUUCUGCAAAACCUGCAGGCUACGUAAAUGCGUUUUGGCGAGAAAACACCAAGCCGCACUUGCGUAACUGAUCGCCGGUCUAAUAACCAUCUUGUAUAGCCGAACUUUGUUGAUCAAACUUAAUUUUGAUGUUCUACAUAGCAUAGGCUAGAGUUGCCCAAACGAGAUUUGGAAAUUAGUUUUUAACGCUUCAGUGUGCUUCUGUCAGGUGAUCCCCUUGUUAAGAGUGACACCGAGAUACUUUUAUUAAUUUUCAUCAGCCACCGAUUCGCCCAUUCCAAUACCUCGUUUACUGCACUUUACAGCCUGUCGUGAACUAGAUCCCCAGAACACAACUGGUCCACCACGGCAGUAUCAUCAGCAUAGAGAUAGAUUUCACAGUUACUGGGGCGAGGGACGUCAUGAAUAAAAAGUGAAUACCGGCCCAAGAACCGAACCCUGAGGGCACCGGCUUUGAUGGGCCGUGUUUUCGACAGAACAUUAUUAAUUUUGAUCCGAAAUUUCCUACCCUCGAGGAAGGAUUUCAAAAGUUUUAGGAGAAAGAAGGGGAAGCCCUUAUGAAUCAAUUUGUAGUGAAGGUCUUUUUGCCACACCUUGUCAAAUGCCUUUGAGCCAUCCAGAAGCAAGAUGCCAGUACUUUCGUUACGGGUGAACCCCUGGUUACUCGUUCAACAAGCCUAAUGGUAUGUAGCUCCGUACUAUGCUCAGACCGAAAGCCAAAUUGUACGUCAGGAAUCACAUUGUGGUCUGACGACAAAUUUUCAAGGUGACGUAGAAUCACCUUUUCAGCGAGCUUAGAAGGAGCCGACAGUAGAUUAAUGGGCCGGUAAUCCUGGGGAAUAUCGAAUCCACCUUAUUUGGAACCAUUAUGACAUCCGCGGUCUUCCACGCCGCUGGAAGUGCUGGGUCCUUAGCAUGGCAUUGAUUAUUGCCACGAGAUAAGGACUUCUCGAAAGUAGCUUCAGCGCCUUAUUAGUGAUUGGAUAUUCUCGCUUUACGCACCUUGAGGUCUUUAAUAUGACAUUGAAGCUCUGCUGGUGUGCAAUGCGGAGUCUCAGGAGAUUCCGCUGAUGUGCCAUGCAGAUCUUCAGUUGAGGAAUCUUAUGAACAUUCCUCUGAGGAAAAAUCACUAAGGGAGGCUCUACACUGCCACUGACGCCGUGCGCCCUAAAAUAUCUCCUGACGGAUCUUACAAUACGUUGCUCCUUGUCGAGGUCAUUAUCAAGGUCAUAGUUGGGAUAGAUAGAUAGAUAGUUUAUUGUCCUAUUAGAUCAUGUUACAUGAUAUAAGACUUGUCAAUAUCAAUUUGAAGGUCGUAUAUGCGUUUGAGCAAAUAUGCCAGAAAAAUACUUAUAAUUAUAAAUAAAUAAGGUCAUUACAAUUACAAAACAUUUUAAAAGGUUAAAUCACAUUAUCGGUACAGCUCAAGAAUCGUGAUGUGUUCAAUCUGUAACGGUAAAAAUAUAUACAUAUACAGCGACUUUUUUUUAUCACAAAAAAUGUUCGUCUAGCCGGUAAAAAAUCAUUGAAGCUGAUACAAAGAAAAGCGGUAGGAGAAUCUGUUAAGAUGCGAUUCCACCAGUGUGCUGAACUGUGCGGCACUCUAAUGCACAGUGUACAGCUCAAAUGUUUCUUCU